UGGGGCCUUCCUUUCAAACACCUGCUUUAUCUCUCUCGCUCGCUCCUUUUCCCUUUUCUCAAUCACUCUAUUUCUUUCCCUUCCUUUUUUUUUUUUUUUUUGCAGAUCUGCACGGCUGCGUUCACAGCAGGGGAGACGCAUGAGAGAGACACGAACCAUGGUUCAGCUUUUCCCAUGUCCAGCCUCGGAUGCCGUGGCGCUCUCCGAGUCUAUGGACGAGAGGGACGCUGAGCUGGACGGCAGCCCGGCGCACUCUCCUCGCACCCUCACGGCUCUCCAGCUGGCCCUGAACCCAUCCGAGACGGUCUACCAUGGAUACGAGACCUACAUCGAGGAGGGGCUCCUUUGCCUCCGACACAAGAUCCGCAACAUUGAGAAGAAGAAGCUCAAGCUGGAAGGCUAUCAAGCGCGAUUAAAGAACGGGGACAUGCUAAAUCCAGACCAACUGGAGGCAGUUGGGAGGUAUGAAGAAGUGAUUCACAACCUGAAGUUUGCCAAAGAGUUACAGAUGACUCUUCAUGCUCUCACUCAGGAUCUGUUGAAGGCCCAGAGGAAGGCCGUGCGGCACGAGCAGGUUCAGAGAUCCGAGAGCGAACAGAGGCGUUUCAGUACGAUGCUGCAGGUCCAAUACGUUCUGCGCAGUCUCCAGAGGCACGACGUCAGGAAAACCUUCAGCACGUGCGAACAGGCUCGAUACCUAAGCAUGCAGGAAGUGGAGAAGCUGCUGAACCUCGCGACGAUGCUGGCCUGCAAGAGGGACGAGAGGAUGAGUUUGGAAGAUCAAAUGGAACAGGCCUCUUUUGUUUACAUGGACCUACUGGAUGGCAAAGACAAACCAGUUGCUGGCUCGACAUACAAAUCCCUGAAGGAAAAGCUCCUCAGGCUGGUGGACUCGGGUUUAUUUGAUCACCUCCCAGAACCUGAAGAAAAUCCAAAAAAGGAUGAAGUACAAAAACCUGACUCUUCUACAUCAAAACCAAGCUCCUUAAAUGCUGUGAGUAGUUCGACCUCGGACGUGACUUCUCGGCAGUUUUCAAACAGACGCUACGUCAAGGAGCGUGACCCCACACCACCCGGUCAGGGCGUGAACCUCAACGUGGAGCCUCCCACCUGGAAAGGGGAGUUUUUAGCUCUGAAAGAACAGGAACCACCCGAUUCCUGGGACAUGGAGCUUACAGAUCCGCCAGCGUCCUCCAAAAUGGUGUUGCAGAAACCGUGGAAAGGAGCUGCAGGAUUCAUCCCGAAGUCCAUGGUCACCUUGAAGCCUGCUGUCGAGACUAAACAGAAACGUCAAAGGAAAAAUAAAGGAAGCCAUGGCCUUAAAUCUGAUGUCCAGAUCAAGAAGGCCGUACCUGUGGAGGUGUUUAACUCUCCAUCCUCUCUGGCUAAAGAUCCUGCCCUGCGCAGACAACAGCUCGAUCACCUGAUGGAUCAGAUCACGGGAUCCUUCAGCUUUAUUCAGGACUCUCUGCUGGAUGGAGAAGCCACGCCUGGGAACGGCCGUACCAGAGGUCUGCGCCUGUCUCCCGGCUCCUCUCCCCUGGCUCAGACGAUCCCGACUGACCUCCUGCCUCCAUCCCAGAAUUCAACUCCUCUUCAUGGCCACAAGUGUCCUGGAGAUGCCCAAAGCUCUCUGGCUAAUGGAGAUCAGCCCACGGACACCUCAGAUUUGAAGCUGCACGCUGAAGACAGCUUGCAUGUGACUCAAGAUAAAGGCUUCACGUCUCCACCUCUGUACUGCAGAGAGCCCUGCAUCUCCGUAACUCACGACACUAAAAACACGAGACAGGCAGGAAAGCAGCCACUUUCGAAUGGAGAGAUUCCCACACCUGUCCUGGCCCAGACCUUCACCACUCCACCCAACAGAAGAUCUCUACCUCCGACCAGCACCGCAUCCUUCAGCAGCCUGCACUCUGUGUUCAGUGGUGAGGUUCCUAUGACCAGAAGCUCGGAGCUGAAAACCGAAGAAAGCGGCUUUUUAGAGUCUGUGUGUCUGAGCUACAGUACAGCGAGCACCAUGAGCCACAGCACGGCGAGCACACAGACGCCACCGGAGCUCAGCCUGCCGCAGGAUGACCUGCAGAUGGAGAGUGCAUACCUGUCAGAAAGUGAUAUCAGUGCUUCCAGUCACGUUUAUUCGUCUCCUGGUCCAAAUUCAGCCCCUCACUUUCAGUCUAGUCUGGUCCAGCAGUAUUACCCACGCAGUACACUUCGAGGUAUGACACACGGUGCAAGAGGGCUCUUCCACUCCUCACUUCGCUCACCUGGGGCUUCCAGAGGUGGUUAUGAGGUGCACAGGGUAAACAUCCGUGCUCCAGGAGGAGGUUUUGCUGCCCAAACCCAUCGUGAGACUGGAUCUGCUCCUUAUACCGCCCAAGAGAACGGGUAUCAGCCGAGUCAUAAACGUCCUGGAGGAACCGCACCUCGGAGGAACAGCUCAGUUGGUUGGAGUGACUCCUCCCAGGUGAGCAGCCCAGACCGGGAGGGCACGUUUAUCAUCGACUCGGCUCAGGGUGACACUCACUCCAUGUCGAUCGCCGGCCCUCCUCCUCACACCCUGAUGCACGUGUACCCGCAACUCCGCGUGGCCUUUUCAGCCGCCCGUGCCACCAACCUGGCACCAGGUACCCUGGACCAGCCUAUUGCCUUCGACCUGCUCCAUAGUAACCUCGGCGGUGCGUUUGACGCCCCCUCUGGUCACUUCUCCUGCCCGGCUGCUGGCACCUACGUUUUCUUUUUCCACAUCCUCAAGCUGGCCAUCAGCGUCCCGCUGUACGUCAAUCUGAUGCGCAACGACGAGGUGAUGGCUUCGGCAUACGCCAACGAUGGCGCACCCGACCACGAGACGGCCAGCAACCACGCCGUUCUGCCUCUGCACGUCGGCGAUCACAUCUGGCUUCGUCUCCACCGUGGCGCCAUCUACGGAAGCAGCUGGAAGUACAGCACCUUCUCAGGCUUCCUGCUCUACAUGGAUUGACUUCCAUAUUGUCACUCCUAUACAGGCACAUACUGUACACUGGGAAAUUGAGGCUUCCCUGCUAAUCACUCACCGCACUUUAUCUCCUCUUCUCGAUCCUCCUCGCACACACUAGCACUCAAUGUGAUAAGGUUCAUGUCUGCUAAUUCCGAGCCGGUUUACGUUCGUUUGGAUCCCGGCGUCCUCUUGAAGCCAUGUCUGCUGAUUUGUGCCUUUUUCUUUCUUGGUUUCUGAGCACUUGAAAUCGCUUGAAAAUAAUGUAGUUUAUCUGAAUACUUGACACGUUGAGCACUUUAAAAAAUGGCGGCACUGUGACUGUGUGUGUGGUGGAUGACUUGUGAAUGCUGAACCAAAUGCUCCUACUUUGUGCCUGAAUAAAAGAUGUGCAAAAUUA